CACGGAUUAUUUCUGUGUCACAGCAAGUGUGGCUUCGACGGGAACAUAAUACAUAUAUGUAAUAUUUGUAGUAUCUGUAAGAGUUUUUUAGUACGAACGUAGUUUAGUAUUUAAAGAAACGGUAGCGUAGUGUUUUUAAAUUAACCGCUGUCCGUCGCCCCCCGGGUUUCCGCAGUGGUUCAGUCCGACGGCGUCCUGCGCGGGAGCGGAAAACGUGCGUCGGCUUUGCGGAAAAGGAGUGUUUUGUUGUACUGAUUAAAUAAUAUCUUCUACAAGCUCCAACCAGCACAUUUUCCUCUCAUAAGAAGCCAACACAGAACGGAGUUUGGUUUCAAAUCCAAGAUGGCCGGAGACUGGAAGCCAGGCGACCUGAUUUUUGCCAAAAUGAAGGGUUACCCUCACUGGCCAGCGAGGAUCGAUGAAGUGCCAGACGGUGCUGUGAAACCGUCCAACAUCAAAUAUCCGAUUUUCUUCUUCGGCACUCAUGAAACAGCGUUUCUUGGACCGAAGGACAUUUUUCCGUACCAACAAAACAAAGAGAAAUACGCGAAACCGAACAAGAGGAAAGGCUUCAAUGAAGGAUUGUGGGAGAUUGAAAACAACCCAAAAGUUGAGCUGACUGCGCCCAAGCCGGUUCCUCCUCCUUCCUUCCUGGAAAAGGAUUUGGAGAGCGGUCCGGAAGGAGAAGAAGACACAGCCGAUAAAGGAGUCAAACCCAAAGUUCCAGGAAAAGAGGCUGAGCAGGAGAAUGAGGAGGAGAAGGAGGAGGAGGAGGAGGAGGAAGGGUCUCUGAUGUCUGAGCAGGGUCCUCAGAUCCAGGAUGUUUCUGCUCAGAAAGAAUCGACUGAUCCCUCAAAACCCAAAAGAGGAAGGAAGAAGAAGGGUGAGCAGGAGAACGAAAAAGACGAAGAUCCUGGAAGCCCCGUUAGUCCAUCAGGUGGAGACGCUCCGAAACGGCGAGGCAGGAAGCCGAAAACCGAGAAGCUGCUUCUGCUGCAGCAGGACCAACACGGCUCCGGGAGCGAAAUGGAGACGAACGAGUCGGAGAAGAAGCGAAAGAGGGCGGCGGAGGACAAGCAGCUGAGCGGAGAGGAGGAGAGGAGGAAGAAGAGGGAGGGCAGCAAGGGGAAGGAGGCGGAGCUAAAGGAGGCGGAGGCCAAGAAGAAGAAGAAGGACAACGGCUCGUCUGGCUCAGAUGACGACGAGAAAAGCAAAGGGAGGAAGAAGCUGCAGAACGCGGAGGCGGAUAAAGACGGGCGGCGCUGGAAAGCCGACGAACCGAGAGAGGCCGACAAAGAAGAUGUGAAGAAACCUGAAGCCGGACCCAAGAAGAAAGAAAUGUCAACUGACCUGAAACUCCAGAAACUCCACAGUGAGAUCAAGAUUUCCCUGAAAAUCGACAACCCUGAUGUGAAGAAAUGUUUGGACGCAUUGGACGAGAUCGGUUCCCUUCAGGUGACGACUCAGCACCUGCAGAAGCACAGCGAGCUCAUCGCCACGCUCAAGAAGAUCCGGAAGUUCAAGGCCAGCCAGGACAUCAUGGACAAAGCCACCAUGUUGUACAACAAGUUCAAGACGAUGUUCCUGGUGGGCGAGGGCGACUGCGUGCUGAGCCAGGUGCUGAACAAGUCGCUCGCCGAGCAGCGGCAGCACGAAGAGGCCAAGAGGGGGGCGCUGAAGAGAGCCGAGCACGUCAAGGACGGCGGCACAGACAAGGUGGCCAACGGCGACGCCAGCCCCGAGGAGAAGAAGACGGACAAGAUGGAGGACGCCUCGACGGGAGAAAACCACAGUCCUCCGAAACUUCAGGAGUCGGCCUGAACCGUCCCGCCGACCCGAAGAAGAGAUUCGCUGCUGUACUGGAACGACGCCCCCUGGUGGACGACGGUUUCCAGGUCUUUUGAAGUGUUGUGUUGCU